GACAUAUAAAUCGACCUAUUUACGGAGAUUGGUCAGUGCGACCAAUAGCUUGCAACAAAUAGGACGUAUCUAUAUUAAAUAGAAGAAUAAAAUAAUAAUUUUCGUUAAAAUGAAGGUGAUUGUAGCAUUAUGUGUUUUAUCUCUCGUCGCUUUGGCUACUUGUUCUACUAAUCUGCACCCCAGAGGCUGUAUUUACAUUAUGGGAAGAUGUUACAAGGAGUGUGAGGUAGGAACCCGCGCCUACACGACUGGCUGCGGACCCUUGGUUCCUGAACCUACCUGUGACGAGCCUAACCCCGUAGCCGGGGAGGGGUUGAUCUGCGACUUCUCAGCCUGCUAUUGUGAGGCGCCAACAGUCAGGGACACAGCGAGCGGCAAAUGUGUGAACCUUGACCAGUGCCCCAAGAAAGAAGAAGAAUGAGAAAUAAAGAAGAGAAUUUAAUUAAAUAAAUAGAUUUUGUAAUUGACUUUUU